CAAGUCAGACCGCAUACUCCCUUUAUCCUUUUCUGUAAGAUCCUCGCCGGUGCCAUUGUCCUCUUAUCCCCCUGCUUGACCGUCACAAGCUGGGUCGUUUUCGGGACACUCUUGGACCGCGUCGUUCUGUCACUCAGUGCAACUAAAGGAAGAUGAGGAAUGUAUGGGCUACGCGGGGGAAGUGAAUUGGGAAUCGGGAGCAGGAAGGAGCAGCCGAAGGGUGAGAGGAGCGUGAUAGUCAGGGAGAGGGAAGUGAAGGGGUUAGGACACUCCAAGCUGGCCGCUGUGGGUCAAGGGGGUGUUCGAUGGAUUCAGGCGGACGGCUCUGAAGGGCAAUCCUGCUCGUCCACUCCUUCAUCCCACUCCUUCAACAACUCCUCUUCCUUCCUUCGCCCUCUCCCUCCUCGUGCCCAUCCUUGUCCUCCGCCCUCCUUCUUCCCUCCUUCCUGCCUCUGGCCUCUGUCAUCGUUCCUUCUUGCUCCUUCCUUCAUCCCUCCCCCCUCCUCUCUCCUUCUUCUUCUUCUUCUAUCCUCCCUACUGUCUCCUCCGUCCUUUCUCCCUCCUUCCUUUCAUUGUGCUUCUCACCCCUCGCACUUUUACUCCCUCAUCCUCCCUCUUGCAUCCUCGUCGUCAGGACUGCAAACUAUACGAGGGGCCUGCAGGCAGAACCGCAAAGGGCUUGCCAGUAGAGCCGUUCGUUCUCGGCGACGGACACUUCGCGACCGCGCCGCAUUGCGGUCUUAGGUUGGGGCCCCCUCGGGGAGGAGGAGCAAGAGGAGGAGGGGUGCGACCGGGAAAAGGUGGGUGCCCUUAGACAGUUACAGAAACCCGACGAGGCAGACGUUGGCAUUCUUCCACGCCGCAACGUGCACACCCAGAACGAAACAAUCUACAGCGCGAGGCCGCAUACAUUCGUCUUCAUACUGAGAUCUCUUGGCCCUAGUCCCCAGUCCGUUUGCAUCAUGCUUGUUCAUAUCUUUCUCUCUUUCUCUGUGUCUCCGUCUCUGUCUGUCGGUUUGCCUGCCUGUCUGUCUGUCUGUCUGUCUGUCUGUCUGUCUGUCCGUCCGUCCGUCUGUCUGUCUGUCUGUGCGUCCGUCUGUCUGUCUGUCUGUCUGUCUGUCUCCCUCUGUCUCUCUCUUUCCCUCUCCCUCUCCCUCCACCAUCCUCUCCUUCUCCCUCUUCCUCUCCCUCUCCCUCUGUCUCUGUCUCUCUCACACCCUCUUUUUCUGUUCGUCCUUUUUGUUUAUAUCUCUCUACAUCUCUCUGGCUCUCUCUAUACACACGUAUUUAUGAGACCGCCAACCAGGAGAUCAUAGACCAGACUCAGCUGGGCGCCAUGCAGAAGUCAGGCGAAGCCUCUGACGCGGGGUCUGGGGGCGGAGACGCGGGCGACUUCUGCGGCUUCGUCAACGGCCGGGCUAAGGACUCGCAGCUCUAUGUGGGGGUGUCGUCGAUGGCCUCGGUCUGCGCGGGCAUCUGCCAGCUGGCCGGCGUCGACGUGCUCUCGCGCACCCGGGUGGCCGACGUGCAGUUCCAGUCCGCCAGCAAGUCCUGGGACCUCGCGUGCCAGAGCGAGGGCGGCGACGGUGGCGCGGACCCGCACAUGUUUGGCUUCGACGCUGUGGUGUUUGCCGUUCACAACCCCGCGUUCGGGGCCGCAGCAGUGCAGCGACUCGCCGCGGAGGCGCGCGACGAGGAGAUCCGGGCGCGGCUGUCGAGGCUCGCCGCGGCGCUGCAGGACCUGCGCGACACGCAGAAGGGCCCGCUGCUGCCGCUCAGAGCGCGGUUCCCAGCUGGGUCGCUGUCCGCGCAGGUCCCGUUCGAUGCGGCGACGUGCCCCACGUCUCCGGACAUACAGUUCAUCUGCAGACACGGCUCGCUCCCCCCCGGCGACGCCACGGGUGAGGAGAUGUGGACGGCGGUGCCGACGACGCGCCUCUCCCGCGAGCUGCUGCAGCGGGGCCUGGACGAGCGGGGGCAGUGCGAGGAGCUGCACCAGCGCCUCUCCGGGCUGCUGGGGUCCUUCUUCCGAGACGGCGGCGGCGGCAUGCCAGCGCCGACCCGCUUGUCUGUGAAGAGGUGGGGUGCCGGGCUCACCCUGAGGCCCCUGGGCCUCAGGGAGCCCUGCGUCGGCCUGGAGCCGUGGCGGCUGGGCAUCUGCGGCGACUUUCUGCAGGCGGCGCCCGGCGGGGGGCCCCUGGAGGCGGCGGCUCUGAGCGGCUACCAGAUGGGCGACCGCGUUGCGAGCUGGUUCGCCGCUUGAUGCCAAAGGGGCCAGGCGGGAAGAAAUUGGGAUGACAAUUGGAUGCUGGCGGGCUAUGGCGGACUAUGACGGCGGCCUCCUCUCGCCCGGCCCCCCCCGCGCUUUAGGUCCUAGCGCCCCGAGUGACUUCUGGGCUGCUGAGGCCCGGACCAGACCGGGAAUGUAGAGUUUCUAUGACGGCGACGUCGCCACGUUGCUCUCUCUGGCGUCAGCGCCGCGGUGGUCAGAUGGGCGACACCGGUUGGUUCGCCGUCUUCAAUCGAUCGUCCUGGGGCAUAGCUUGCACCCAACAGCUUGUUUCCCGCUGACAUCGUGUUAACUUCCCAACAAAUUCAGUCAAUGCCGAAUACGGGGUCGUCGGGUGAAUUAUGGUAUUAACACCGCUUCCAUUGUGAAGGCUUGCGUGCCGCGUGAUACCUGUGCGACCCACGCAGGGAAUUUCAGCCUCUCCUUGUCAGGGUGCCGCUGGCCCGCCUUCCUGUCUUUUCAACGGGUUUUCGACUCGCUGCCGCAUCGGUGAGCGGGCAUCGCGUCAGCAUCGUGUGGCC